CGGCAUGGCUGGUCCGACAAAGACAGCUGUUUGGACCAUUUCACGUCUACUGAUAUUAUAACACUGGUUCUCACCAGUAUAAUCAAUCAGAAUAUGACCGUGCGAGAAUUUUUGGUUGAUUUCAUACCGCCAGGUAUCGGAGGAGCAAAUGAAUUAGACUUCAGACGCCUUAAUGUCCCUGAUCUUCGGGGGCUGGAGUUUAUCACUACCUGGGCUAAUCUGGAAGUCCUCCUGUUGAACUUCACAAUGAGCAAUUCUGAGAUGAUUGAGUGGAUUGAUCCAAUGGUUCGGCACGCAACUGGUCUACGGGAAUUGACAAUCCAGUUCGAUAGUGGAUUGGCAAGCGGCGACAUGUUCAAGCGUCUUUCCUCUAUUGAAACACCCUCACAGCUGCAAAAGAUUUCACUGAAGGGGAUUUCGAGAUCAGCAAACGUGGACGGGGCAAUCUUAGGCAAGCUAUUGCGAAGACAUCGGGACAGCCUUCGUGUUCUUAGCAUCAGGUCGUUUACACUGGACAUACCGGGCUGGAAACCAAUACUCGGAAUGCUUAGCGAGUUUCCUCUGCUCGAGAACAUCUCUUUUAAUAACCUCAGAGAAGGUCGCUCACUGAUCCAAUUUCCGGUCGCUUCUGAAGUCCCGGAGUUUGAUGGGGCUACGCAGUUUACAUUCUGCUCUCGGAGGCAAAAAGACCGAACCGUCAAUCAUAUUGUUAGUUGUUGGGGACCGAAAACAAAAGCUAUCAUUCAGCAACUUGCCGAGUCAAUGGAGCUACCCCGUUAAGUAUGUUAACAACAGAGGAUGAGCGAUUCAGAGCCGGAGGUUGUCGGCACCAGCCAGCCCAGCUUGCCACGCGAGCGCCAAUCAACUUUGCAGGGAUAAAGGGUACUCUCCUUCCCCAAACUCCGGGUCUCUGACACCAAAGCAACAAUAGUAGAACUGAGGUGUUCCAGUCUUUCUGAAAGCAGCGGAGGAGCCAUCCACCGACUCAGUUGAACAUUCCUUAUCGUACCUGGAGCUUUAUACCGUCACGGAUUAAGCAGGUCUACGCAGUCGCAUAGACGACUGCUG